CGCAGCAGUUCCAACUUCCAAGUCGCGAUGGCGCGUACGAAGCAGACCGCCCGCAAGUCCACCGGCGGCAAGGCGCCCCGGAAGCAGCUCGCCACCUCCAUUGCGAGGAAGUCGGCCCCGACGACCGGCGGCGUGAAGAAGCCCCACCGCUACAGGCCCGGCACCGUGGCGCUCCGGGAGAUCCGCAAGUACCAGAAGAGCACGGACCUGCUCAUCCGCAAGCUGCCCUUCCAGCGCCUGGUGCGGGAGAUCGCGCAGGACUUCAAGACGGACCUCCGCUUCCAGAGCCACGCCGUGCUCGCGCUCCAGGAGGCCGCCGAAGCAUACCUCGUCGGACUCUUCGAGGACACCAACCUCUGCGCCAUCCAUGCUAAGCGCGUCACCAUCAUGCCCAAGGACAUCCAGCUCGCCCGCCGCAUCCGGGGCGAACGCGCCUAA